UUUUGCGACGCCGUUUCGGUUCCCCCAUACACAGUUUCGUUGUAGUCAUGAUGCAAGAAAGCAGCAAGAGGAAGAAGCCAAACAUUCUGGUGACUGGGACACCAGGAACAGGAAAGACAACUGUGUCCACUGCUCUAGCAGAAGCCACCCAGCUCCACCACAUCAAUGUCGGGGAAUUGGUCAAAGAAAAGAACUUGCAUGAUGGCUGGGAUGAUGAGCUUGAUUGUUAUGUUCUGAACGAAGACUUGGUCUGUGAUGAACUUGAGGAUAUUAUGGAAGAGGGAGGGAACAUUGUGGACUACCAUGGCUGUGAUUUCUUUCCUGAGCGAUGGUUUGAUUAUGUUAUUGUACUUCAAACUGAUAACACCAUUUUGUAUGACCGCUUGAGUAAGAGAGGGUACAAGGAUUCAAAAAUCUCGAAUAACAUUGAAUGUGAAAUCUUUCAAGUUCUGCUUGAGGAGGCUAAAGAAAGUUACCCAGAGGACAGAGUGGUUGCAAUGAAGAGUGAUACUAUUGAAGACGUCAGUAGAAAUGUUGCAACUUUGACAGAUUGGGUGAGAAAUUGGCCUUUUUCCUCUUAGUUUUGACAAAAAUUGAGUACUACGUACAUAUUACAUUGUAAGAAUAUGAUGAAAAGCGUUUUGUGUUUUUGAAUUACUACAAAUUUUGGUGUGACAUCCAUUUUUGAGAUGUGUAAUGGGUUUUAAAUUCGACAACUGAGUAUUUAACUUUGACCAAGUUUUAUGAUACCUUUACCGAACUU